AUGCAGGCCUUAGAUGAUGACCAAUGGGGCUUCGCGCCUGCAAUCAACCUAAUCCACUCAAUCUCAAGUGUUCAACAGAAUAAGAACGCCAUUAGCUAUACUCAUCCUAUUUCCGUUGAUGAUGCAGCUGCGUACCGUGAUGUCGACAGAGACCUCAAUCUUACAGCAAACUUAGGCGAUUUUGACACUAUCUGGAGGUUUCUUGGCCUCCCAAGCACAUCGCUGGGUGAAGAUGAGGUUGCCAAAACUGUGCGUUGGCGGGACGAAGUCGACGGAGCAGACCUAGCAGAUGAUGACGACAACGAGGACGACGAUAGAUUGGCAGGCUUGACGAAAAAACAACGAAAACGGGUAAGACGUAAGGCUCGAGAGAGAGCAGCCAUAGAAGGCCUUCGCAGUAGAGGUCAGGGUAAAUCGGGCGACAGCGAGAACGAAUCUGGUGAAGACCGUGAAGACGACUCUUUGGCAGGCUUGACGAAGCAGCAGAGAAAGAAAGUCCGGAGACAAGCCAGACUUGAAGCUUUCAAGGCUUCCUUGAAAAGCGGGACAGCAUUUACAGCGAAUGUCAGCUAUCGCCAGCCAGGGAUUGAAAGCGACUGGAAUUGGCAGGGAGGGAUGUUGAAUUCGUCAACAGAACAAGCAAAUGAGGAGGACAGGCAUCAAGUGAUUACCAAUGGUUUGAGUAAUGGAAAAGAUAUUCUGUCGGCAAUCGAUUCAACCUUUGUAGGUAAGAGUGGUAUUGGUGAUGGGCUCGCCAGUCUGCCAAAUCAACAGCAGAAUGUAGCGCGGCAAAAAGUUCACGAGGAGUCUAAUGUACACCGGCUACGUAAUGGAAAGGUCUUUGCAACAGACGCAGAUGACAAAGGCAUUCGACAAGCAGACAGUUGCCCCUUGGUUGACAGAAGAAGCAUCAUCCACGAAUGGAUGAAGCGACCUAUUCCGUUAUCAAGAGGGUUGGAUGCUACUGCUCAGCCAUUCCGACCAUCGAGAACACAGAGCAGUUUGCUUCCACACGCAAAUGCUGUGAAAGCUCCUAAUGAACUGUCGGAGCCUUCGAGAAUAAUCAAUGAGCCUCCCCCGCCACACCUGAAACCUCUACUUGUGUACAAAUCAUCGACGGAAACUGAUUACAGCAUCGCAACAGCAAGGAAAGUAAAGCUGAUCCAUAUGCUCAACGAGCGGUUUUACGGUGAAAGACCCUUUUUGAGCAACAUCAGCAUCCUUCAUCAAAAUGAGGAUCAUGUUGGUAGCGCUUUGGCCGGCGUCCACGUGUUUAUUGAUGCAUCGAACAUUAUGAUUGGAUUCCAUGACGCCUUGAAAAUGCUGUGGAAGAUGCCAAAACAGGCCCGUAUCCACCGGCAACCAUUCUCGUUCCAUUCACUCUCUCUGAUUCUUUGCCGCGGCCGACCUACGGCUAAAUGCGUGGUCGUUGGCUCGGAUAAUUCGUCUGAGAUGAGCGAAGCAAAGCUCAUUGGCUACGAGACGAAUAUCUUGGACCGUGUGCACAAAGCGAAGGACAUCACACCUCGUCGAAAAGGCUAUCAUGCCGGCAACGGCACGCAUUCAGCUGGUAGCGGAUCUGAAACGAUCGCGAAGGCGCCAGAGAAGUGGGUGGAGCAAGCGGUCGACGAGAUUCUGCAUCUGAAAAUGAUGGAGAGUGUCGUUGACGCUCGCGAACCUGCGACGAUGGUGCUGGCAACCGGAGAUGCAGCCGAAGCCGAGUACUCAGGCGGCUUUUUGAAGAUGAUCGAGAGAGCUUUGGGAAAAGGGUGGAAAGUGGAAUUGGUCUGCUGGAAGCAGAAUAUGAGUUCGGCCUACAGGAAGUAUGACUUCAGGCAAGCGUGGGGAGAUAACUUCAAAGUUAUCGAGCUGGAUGAGUUUGUGGAAUUGCUGUAUGGGGCAUGA